UCUUUUUUAAGAAUGUUCCUGCAGAGAGUUGAGAAACACUUCAUGGUGGGACACAGGGCCACCUACUAUGUCUUCACCAAUCAGUUGCCUGCCGGGCCCCAUGUUCCCCUCCGGGAAGGCCGGAGGGUGGUGGUCCUCAAGGUUCCCCGCACCCUGCGCUGGGAGGACGCGUCCAUGCAGAGGCUGACAAUAUAUUUUCUAAGAUUAACUCCACAAUUCCUCCGUGAGGUGGACUACCUGGUGUGCACAGAGGUGGACAUGAAGUUCCGCGACCACGUGAGUAUGGAGACCCUCUUUGGCACCCUGCACUCCAGUUUCUACCAGGCAGCCCACAAGGACUUCAGCUACGAGCAUUGGCCACAGUCCCAGGCGCACAUCCCCAGGGGCAAGGGCGACUUUGACUACAAGGGGGCCUUUUCUGGGGGGUCGGUGGUAGAGGUUCACCAACUGACCUUGGCCUGUCACCAGACAAUGGGGGUCAACCUGGCCAAUGGGAUUGAGGCUGUGUGGCACGACGAGAGCCACCUGAACAGGUACCUGCUGGGCCAUAAGCCCAUUAAGGUGUUGUCCCCAGACGACCUGUGGGACCCACAGCUGCUGGCCUGGCCCCCCAUCAUGAGGAAGCUGAGAUUCAUGGCUGUGCCCAAGAAUCACCAGGACGGCAGCAGUGGUUAGUACUUGAGGAGUCGUUUUGGUGCCCACCGGGUCUUUCACCCGAGUUAACAGAUGAGUCAGAAGGAAGGAUGUCAUCAGUUAGGAAGUAUAGACGAAGGUCAGAGUGGAGGUGGGCAAAGGCCUCUUUCAGAGAGCAGGGAAGCUCUGAGCUGCUUCUAUACACCUUGCCC